AUGAUUAAGAUAAAGAACACUAAUUUUUAUGAGACAACUGAAGGAGUGGAGUUCAAAUGGGCUGCUCAUGGUGACAGGUGUGAACUUGGAUGUGGAAUUCUCUCUCUUCCUGUAAUAGAGCCCCAGAGCAGUUAUGAUAUAGAAUGGAAGUCUGGUCCGUGGUAUCCUCUAUGGGCUUCCUCUGAUGCUGAAGAAAUAUUUUUAACAAUCACUGCUAAGCUUUUGCACUCCAAACGUUGGGUUGAAGCUGGUCAUGUUGUUUCAUCUAUACAAGUCCAGUUGCCGGCGAAAAGAGAUAUUGUACCUCAUUUCAAGUCUUUCAGAGUUACCUCUGCUCCAUUUCACACACAAUUUCUGUCUGUUUUUCCAAAGUCAGAAGCCAUGUCUGUUAUCGGAGAAGCUGCUCUUGCUGCGUUCUUUGAUGCGCUGUUCAGUAAGUUAGCUGAAUUGCUCGAUGUUGUAACCGAGAAGCAAGUUCGCGAGGAGCUCCACAAGUGGGAAAGGAUAUUGGCCAGUAUUCAAGCAGUGCUAGAUGAUGCCGAGGAGAAGCACGUGAAGAAUCGGCAUGUGAAGAGAUGGCCUAAAAGAGCAAUAGAAAGGCCUCCAACCACUUCCUUGGUGACUGAAACUGAAGUCUACGGCCGGGCAAAUGACAAAGACGCAAUCUUUGAAUUGAUUUCCAACAGGAAUGUUGCUGAAAUCUGUGUGAUUCCCAUCGUUGGCAUGGGAGGGAUUGGCAAGACAACUCUUGCUAAGCUUGUCUACAAUGAUACUCGCGUAAAUAAUUAUUUUGAUCUCAAAGCGUGGGUAUGCAUUUCUGAAAUUUUUGAUAUCAUGGAUAUAACAAAAUCAAUUUUGCGAGAAGUUGGUUCUGAACAUAAUAUUGAUCAAUAUUCUUUGAACAAGCUUCAAACAGAAUUGAAGGAGAAGCUGUCUGGAAAAAAACUACUUCUCAUUUUGGAUGAUCUUUGGCAUCAAAACCCUAAUGAUUGGGCUGAUCUACUAGCCCCUUUUGGAGAAGGAACUACAAUUAUUGUGACAACCCGUGAUCAAAGUGUUUCAUCAAUGACGAGAACUGUCCGAGCUGAUCACACGCUGCAAAAGUUGUCAGAUGAAGAUUGCCUUUCUGUAUUAACUCACCGUGCAUUAGGAGCAAAAGAUUUCACUAGGCAUCCGAAUUUAGAAGAAAUUGGUCGAAAGAUUGUGAAGAAGUGCAACGGCUUGCCUUUGGCAGUUAAGACCAUUGGAGGCCUUUUGCGCAAUAAGGUGGACCUUGAUGCAUGGAAAGAUAUACAAGAAAGUGAGACUUGGAAUUUACCAGAAGAGAGGAGUAACAUAAUUCCAGCUUUACGAAUAAGCUAUCAUCAUCUUCCUCCAUGUCUAAAGCGAUGUUUUGCUUAUUGUGCCAUACUCCCCAAAGACUAUGAAUUUACUGAAAUGGAAAUAGUCUGGCUAUGGAUGGCUGAAGGCUUUCUACAAGUGGAAGCUGUGAAGCAAAAUGAAGAUUUGGGUAAGGAGAUUUUUCAAGAACUCGUGUCGAGGUCAUUUUUUGAAAUAUCCAGUCAUGACAAGUCUCGAUAUGUAAUGCAUGAUCUGAUUAAUGAUUUGGCUCAAUCAAUCACCAAAGAAAUAUGCUUCAGAGUGGAAGGUGACAAGAUAUUGAACAUUUCCAAACAUGCUCGCCACUCAUCUUACAUUGGAGGUUGGAGAGAUGGAAUUAAAAAAUUCCAAGUCUUUUAUGGAACGGAGCAUUUAAGAACCUUCCUACCGUUGAAGCUGCCAAACAAAGGGGGUUGCUAUAUAUCGAAUCAAGUUUUGAGUGAUUUGUUGCCAAAAUUGAAAUGCUUAAGGGUGCUUUCUUUAGAAGGGUAUCACUUGACUGAGUUACCUGAUGUUUUUGGAGAUUUGAUACAUCUGCGUUAUCUCAAUUUUUCUUACACUCGAAUCAAAACCCUACCCGAUUCAAUAUGCAAGCUUUGUAAUUUAGAGACCUUGAUUUUGCGGAUGUGUCAUAAUCUCGAGGAGUUUCCUUCAAGAAUGAGAGAUUUAAUUAACCUAAGGCAUCUUGAUUUUACUGGUUUGGAAGUUGCAGAGGCUUGUGCCAGCAAUAGGAGCAAACAAACUGGUUUGGAAAGACGCUAA